GCAUUGUUACGUCAUCACUGAUAAACGUUGAAACUGAUGAGAAACCGCGGGAGCAGUUCAGUCUGAUUCUCGCUAGUGCUGGAGGAGCGUUCAUUUUGGCAAGGAAAUGUACUGAUUUUGCAAGGACAUGGAGAAUAAAGAGUUCAAGGAGUCAGAGGUCAGUGGGAAUGACCUCACCCUCAUAGACCUGGAUGACCCCAUCAAUGACGAUGAUGUUAUGAAGGAAGACAGAUCUGAUAAAGAUCACAGAGAGGUUGAGAGACAGACCACGUUGGAAGAGGCUGUUCUAGAGACAGAUAUCCAAACUCUGUCACUAGAGGCUGAAGGAGAGAUUGAGAUGCAGGAGGCUGAUCUGAAGACAGAUGGCACGUCUCAGUCACAGAAGGUUGAAGGAGAGAUUGAGUUGGACGAUGCUGUUGCCAUCCCACCUCAGUCACAGAAGGUUGAAGGAGAGAUUGAGUUGGACGAGGCUGUUGCCAUCCCACCUCAGUCACAGGAGGUUGAAGGAGAGAGUGAGUUGGACGAUGCUGUUGCCAUCCCACCUCAGUCACAGGAGGUUGAAGGAGAGAGUGAGUUGGACGAUGCUGUUGCCAUCCCACCUCAGUCACAGAAGGUUGAAGGAGAGAGUGAGUUGGACGAUGCUGUUGCCAUCCCACCUCAGUCACAGGAGGUUGAAGGAGAGAGUGAGUUGGACGAUGCUGUUGCCAUCCCACCUCAGUCACAGGAGGUUGAAGGAGAGAGUGAGUUGGACGAUGCUGUUGCCAUCCCACCUCAGUCACAGGAGGUUGAAGGAGAGAGUGAGUUGGACGAUGCUGUUGCCAUCCCACCUCAGUCACAGGAGGUUGAAGGAGAGAGUGAGUUGGACGAUGCUGUUGCCAUCCCACCUCAGUCACAGGAGGUUGAAGGAGAGAGUGAGUUGGACGAUGCUGUUGCCAUCCCACCUCAGUCACAGGAGGUUGAAGGAGAGAGUGAGUUGGACGAGGCCGUUGUCAUCCCAUCUCAGUCACAGGAGGAGGCCAAAGGUGAGAGUGAGUUGAAUCAGGUUGAUCUGAAGACAGCCACAUCAACUCUGACACUGGAGGUCGAAGGAGAGAGUGUGAUGCAGGAGAGUGAUGAUCUACAAACAGCCGGGACAUCUCAAUCCCAAGAGACUGAACGAGUGGCAAAGGCUGCAGCCUCCCAGACCAGCCUCACCCUUAGCAGGGGAAAGAGAAGCUGCCCAGACCUACACACCUUUGUGCAGGACAUGAAGGAUGGCCAUUGGAAUCUGCUGAGUGAGAAUAUGCGCGCCGGGAUGAGCAGACAUGAGUUUAGUGCCAGGUGCAUGGAUAUCACAAAUUGGGUGAUGGAGUCUACAUCCACUGUGGUCAUUCCCGCCCUUGACCUCACCAUGCAGAUAGAGCUCUCUGAUUCGUCAAGCUCUUCUGGAUCAGGAAGUAAUGAGGCAAGAGAAGUGACUUCUCUUGGCCGCAGCGUCAGAUUCAGCUUUAGUGGAGGACCCAGUAGGCGCACCAGUUCUAGAACCGCUUGCAGCACACGAACUCCCACCCCUUUCCCCUCCUCUCACAGGUCCAUGACUUCCUUGCUGAGUGAGGAUGAAGAGCGAUAUGUCUCCUCACCUGAGGGUGGUGAUAGAGAGAUGAAACACAGACCCCACUCAGCACCACUGAGAUCUGUGUUUGGAAUCUCUGAGGAUUCUGUCUUCAACAUGGUCCAGAGCGGCCAGUCGCAGAGUGACAUCGUACUGUCGUCCAGUUGGAGUAGACGGGAGAAAUACAGACCUCUCAAAAUACCAACGGACACCAGGUUUAUGAUGGGUAUUGUAGAGUUGGUUAUGAACCUUCUCAACUCCAGAUUGGCUGAGCUAAUGCCAAGUCUCAGUCAGGGAACUCUAGGUCCGCUGUCUGGUAGUUACUCAGCAAGUCAGCAGUUUGCCCAAGAGAUGCUAAGCAUGGUGUCUGCUAAGAUGUAUUCCCAUGCCAUAGAGCAUAUUGCGCACGGCCACAAGUCUCCCCUUGAGUUAGAGAGGGAGCUUGAGGCCAUAUUGGGUCCUCUGGCUGGACAGGUUAUAGUCAUCAUCAUAGAUAGCAUCUUCAAGGCUAAAGCCAACGGAGGAAACAAGGGGCGAGCGACCAGCCCCUUGACCUAUUUUCUCACUGCCAUUUCGGCAGAAGUACAAAGCCUAGUUGUUCAGAGAUCGGCUAGCAGACCGUCCACCAGACUGUCCAACAACGACCCACUGCUGAACAUUUCCAAGUCAAAGGUCUUAAGAUCAGUUCUGCUCAAAAUGGCAGAACUCUUUGGUCAAGGUCCAAGUGAAACCUGUCUAGUUCCACUAGUCCAGAGUCAGUCCGACAACUCUAUUUGCGACUGGACUCUGAAUGCAGGCACCAUUCAUCCAAGUCAAUUUCUGUCCAACAACAGAAUGACAGAAGUUUCAUCCGAUGUUGUGGAUCUUGUACUUGAGGUUUUUGGGAUAACAGGAUUUUUGGAUAGCAGGAGCCCGUCAAGGCCACAGAGUGCCUGCUCCUACAACUCAGCUAGUGGAGCAAUAGACAUGAGAGCUCUUGCUGGGGACUUGGUCAGACAGGUGUCUGUCAAAUUCAGACCCUUUGUCUCUGAGAGUCAACUCUCCACCAUGUCCAUGACAGAUCUGUCAUCAUCUAUUUCUGACUCCACCUUGAAGCAGUUGUGUUGUAGCUCUGCUGUUGCUGCAGCAACUGUCUGUCAAGCAAUCAAAACGGAGCUCGAGAGCCAGAGACCUACCAACCUGUCAGCCAGAGACCUACUAUCGUCUCUGGUAGAGACCAUUGAGGACAUGGAUAUCUCUGACGUCCUCCAGGGCCCGUCGGCCAUUUUGGAGGAGGCUGCUAUGAUAAAGCACCCGGAGAUGUCCACCUCGAUAAUAUACAGGUCUUUGCUUCUCGACUCAUCUCUCGCCUCCUCUAACAUGGUCACUGAGAGCAUUAUCUUCAACAGUCCACGCCCAUCAGAGGAGAAUGUGAGUAUUCAGAAGGUGCUCCCUGCUGAUAAAGUUGACAUCCUCCAUGGUCAACCAGUGGAGGAGUAUAUCAUCAAAGCUGAACAAUGCAUCACUCAGGUUAUUCAGGAUGCAGCUGUGACAUAUACUGGCGUGCUGGAUAAAACCGACACUUGUGGGAAACUGUCGGAAGUUCUGUCUGUCUGUGUUUCCGCGGAGAAUAUUGAGGAAGCAUCCUCUGAUCUAUUUGGUGGAAUUAUUUCCGACCUGCAUGAGGUAUUUGAGGUCAAUAAGGCCUCCAUGCGUACGAAAUCAGGUCGCAAAAUGUUCUGGGUGGAAGUGAGUUCAGGUUCCCAGAAGAUUUAUACCAAAACCCUGGACAAACUGAGGAAGCUUUUCACCUCUCACCUUCUCACUGAGGGAAAAAAUACUCCUGUGCAAAUUGAGCUCUAUGACACUGGACUACUUGUAACUGAGACCACUGUGGAGGUAUCUCCUGUACAGAAGACAGACAGUAAUAGCUCUUCUAUGUCCUCAGCCUCAGCCCACCAGUUCACCCUCGACACCUGCACUAAAGGGGUCAUCAAACAGGUGAUCUCGGUGCUGAGGUUGGAGACUUCAAAGGAAGACCGCUUCGCUUCCGUUGGGGAGAACACGUCAAAUGCGUCCUUCGACUUCAACCAGAAGUUGGACACGAUCAUUUCGAAAUUGGAGGACCUCACCAUUUCGAGUGACGUGGCGUCAGCUGAGAUUGCCACGCUCACGCGAUCUCGUAGUGCAGCCAGCAGAACCUCUAACAUUUCCAUCCAGAGCUUUCACAGUGCUGAGUUCCGAGCUAAGGCCAAACAGAUUGUGCGUGAGGCCAUUCUCAGAGCUGCUAGCGAAGCCAGCUGUUCUUUGCCACAGAGCAUGCCUAGCAUCACCUUCUCACACCAUGUGGUUUCUACAACUGAAGAUAUAUUGAAUAUGGUCAUGCAAGAUCUUGAAAGUGUAUCCCAGUACACAGUGGAGGACGCAGACUUCUUCCCACUAGGAGAGAAAAAGCUGCAGUCCCAACUCAAUCCCAGAGUUGUCUUUGACAACUCAUUUUUUGCUGCUCAAAUCAUGUACCACAGAGUAAAGGAUAGACUGAACGUCUUUUUAUCUUUUCCACCCGUGUCAGUCACCACAGCUAAAGAUGUGCUGGACUCCACCCCUGUGGAGACACUCAGAUGCUCGAAGUCCCCUGACACUGCUCUUGUUAAGGACAGGAGCCGCCCUCCGUCUGUGAGAAGUGAGAAGCCAUUUUCAAAAGUCAGUUUGACUAAAAGGAUUAAAGCCCUUGUGUCUUCGAGUGGCUCCUCCACAGACCACCAUGUAAUUGACACAUGCAGUGAGGAUGUCAGUCUGCCCACCAGGAGUAUGUCAGUUGUGAGCGACACCAGUUUGAAGAGAGCCUCUCCUCUCCAUGGUAGUGGAUUGAGUGAAAGUUGUGAACCUCUUGUGGCUCUACAAGACGGAACAGUGGCAGUCAGCCAAGAAGGCUUUAGCAAAACUGCAAAGAAGACGCUCAGCUUGAUCCUAAAUGUGAUCAAGUGCAGAUUGGCCAACUCUGAGAGUUCAUCUGUUGGGCAGAAUGCAAGUGAGGAGUGUCUGAUAGCCACUAAUAUGUUAGACUCUCUACUGGAGAGCCUUGACCUGUUGCCUGACAUGAGCGCUGCCGAUGAGAUCACAAGGAAAGAAUGCCAUACCUCUAACGCAAUGGACAAGACAGGUUCACAGUCAGCGCUUGUGAGCCAACAAGAAAUGAACAUAUCUGACACCGGUAUCAUAGUGAAAACUAUAAUGGACACAUUGAAGACAGAUGACCCAGAGAUGACUUCAGCAGAAGAAAAUCUGGAUAGGCUUCUGUCAAUUGAAGCCCUUCAAGAUGCGUCUGGCAACCUGAUCGCAAAGGUCCAUGGUCUCAUUCAGGAGAUAACCAUAAGCCGCCAGCUUCAAUCCAUGACUGGCCACAGAAGCCUCUCUCAACCAGCACUGCCAAAGCCAGCACUGAGGAAGCUGUCAAAGGACGAUGCGUCAGAGCUCGUUUACAGCUUUGCCCACACUUCUGUUAGCAGACUCCUGGGGCAGUGUUUGGGUAGGCCUAUGCCACCCACUGCUGACAGGGUUUUGGAUCAGGUCAUCAAGUUGAUGACAGACAUGGUGAUGGACAGCCUGACUGAUCUGUCCAAGUCUGCAAUGGAGGGUGGUAAGUGAAAGUACCUCUUUACAUCUGCAUAGGACUUCAUUGUAACAUGAUGCUCAAUACAUUGCGUUUUAUGAUGUGAACUUUGCUGGGUGUGUCCAAAAUGGCACCUUCUUCCAUGUUUAGUGCACUACUUUUGACCAGAGCCAGACCCUAUGGGCCCUGUUCAAAAGUAGUGCACUAUAAAGGGAAGAGAAUGCCUUUUGGAACGCAGUGACUGCUUUCCAUUGUUGCGUCCUCUUCUCCCAGUUAUUGUACCCAGGUCAGUCACACCAGCUUGCUCUUCUUAUUUAGACACCAGCAAUGCCGCAAGUGACAUCACUCAUGGUGUUGUGGCUGAGAUUAAUGCUACUGAGGAAUUCCCUGCCAGGGGCCUUAGCCCGGCUGAUGGAAAGGCUGACGGCAUGGCCCGCCUUCCCUCUGCCAGAGGGGAAGAGAAUAAGAAGAACAGGAAGUGGCGCUUCCUACCCAAAAUUGGCAAGAUUCCAAAGAUCAGGAUGAAGCUGUUCAAGACAAAAGGGGAACCGAAGAGCCACCCUGAACAGGAUGCGCUGCCUACCAAACGUCUCAGAGAGACUCGUAUUUCACAGAAUGCUGAGUGUGAGGUUCCAGAGGUUCCAUCCACUUCCCCACUCAAGGAGGACCUGACAACCACACUGGCCCCUGCUCCCCAGGAGUGCCAGUCCCGUAAACGCCCUCUCUUAGUCAGGGUGUUACGAGCUAUCUCCAGAGCCAUCUCCAAACCAUUCAGAGGAGCUUUUGGGAAGAAGAAUUAGCCAAAUGCCUGAUUUUAUUACUAUUUUAAUCAGAGUCUUUAUUUAAUAAAACAUUACUGCAUUGA